UAUUAUGUAUGAAAUCGUCAUCCUGUCAGUUCAGUGACUGGUUUGAAUAGCUCAUAUCUGCUACUCAUUGAUGCCAUGCGUGCUCACUGUCCUGAGAGAUGACAAAACACUACACCCUUUGGGAUUUUUUUCCCCUCUGCUCUAAAGCAGCAUUUCACAUCUGUGUCUGACAGAAGCAUAAGGAGCUGAGAGAGGCAGACCUUCACCAUCCUUCACAGAAUAAUGUUGCACGGAUUAAAAGUUAAGACCUGAUGUCUACUGAUCCUGCAUAUUUCCUACAAAAAUCUAAAAUGUGGAGGCUACCAAAACAUGUAGGAAAAUAACUUUUCAGUGUUGGAAUAGCACCAGAAAACAGAUGGAAUUUACUGGAUUCUAAAUAUUUAGAAGAUUUUUUAAAUGGGUGCUGAAUACUUGAGUUAAUUGGGGUCGGUGCAUUUGCUUUUUUUUUUUCUUUUUUUUUUUUUUGGUGGGGAGGGGAAGAUGCCAAGUUUACAGGUUCUUUUUUGUUACCUGAUUAGGGCAGAAUAAACAAAAAUGCUGAAUGUGGAAGAAAUCAGAUAUUGGAGAUACCUGGAAAUAAACUGGAAACAACUAAUACCCACAAGACUGAAGCAGCAGUGAACAACAAGCUGUGGAAAAGAAAUCACAAGACGAGAGUGCACAAUGCAUUUCAAACAGGAAAAAGCUUCCUAUCUGCUGAGUGAGUCUCAGUAUAUUCUGACAGAGCACAGACAAAGCUUCAAUCAAAUAUCUCCUAGGUAAUUUCCCCUGGGAUCAUUCUUCUGCACUUCCCUGGAACCCUGAGUGGUUUGGAUCAAACCAAGGCUGAAGUACCCAAUCGAGAAAGUGCAACAGUGACCUCUUAGAUCCCCCUUCAAUUACUCAACUGCUCUUCACUCUAUCUCCAAAAGGAUGUUUUUGAAUACAGAAAGCAAUAUGCAGCACUGCUAAGAUCCUGAUGACAAUACACCAAGAACAAGAAUGGGAGUCAAUUUAUUCAGCAAUUCUACUGUUGUAAACAGUUCAUCAAUCAACCAUAAGCAGUUAGAGGGGCAUAGCCUCUGGGAAGUCAUUACUAUUGCCACUGUAACUGCAAUUGUAAGCUUAAUAACCAUAGUGGGAAAUAUUCUUGUAAUGAUAUCCUUUAAGGUUAACAGUCAGCUCAAAACUGUCAACAAUUAUUACUUGCUGAGCCUUGCCUGUGCAGAUCUCAUCAUUGGGAUAUUUUCUAUGAACCUUUAUACGUCCUAUAUACUCAUAGGCCAUUGGUCUCUUGGAAGCCUUGCCUGUGACCUGUGGCUAGCACUGGACUAUGUAGCUAGCAAUGCCUCAGUAAUGAACCUUCUAGUCAUCAGUUUUGACAGAUAUUUUUCCAUCACAAGGCCUUUAACUUACAGGGCCAAACGCACACCCAAAAGAGCUGGCAUCAUGAUUGGUCUGGCUUGGCUAAUUUCCUUUGUGUUGUGGGCACCUGUAAUCUUGUGCUGGCAGUAUUUUGUUGGUGAACGAACAGUACCACCUGAAGAGUGCCAGAUACAGUUUCUAGAUGAACCCAUUGUCACCUUUGGUACUGCAAUUGCUGCUUUUUACAUUCCUGUGUCUGUGAUGACCAUUCUGUAUUGCCGCAUCUAUAAAGAGACAGAGAAACGUACCAAGGACCUUGCUGAACUGCAGGGUUCAGAGUCUGUGGCAGAGUUUGAGACAGUAAAGCCCCAGAAAGCUCUCCUGAAGUCUUGCUUCAGUUGCAAGCAACAAAACUUAGUCAAAAGAGAGAGGUGUCAGGCUUCUUGGUCUUCAUCUAGUCGAAGUACGUCAGCCACGGUGAAAGCCUCUCAGGCAGCGAGUACUUGUAUCGACUGGGCCAAGGCUGACCAGUUAACCACCUGCAGCAGCUACACGUCAUCAGAAGAGGAGGAUAAACUUGCUGCUGACUCAGUUUUCCAAGUAACUUACGGAAGUCCAUCUAAUAGUAAGGCAGAAGAGUUUCAUGAGAGUACAGAUGUUGUUGUCAAAGACCAACCUGAAGAAAAUGAUUUUGAGAACCAGAAAUACUUUUUGUCACCUGCCAAAGACCACAUACAGAAAAGUAAAAAAUGUGUAGCCUAUAAAUUCCGAUUGGUGGUUAAGACUGAUGGCACCCAGGAAGCCAACAAUGGUUGCCAAAAAGUAAAAAUAACUCCUUGUUCUGCUGCUCUGUCAAAGGAUCCUUCCAUCAAAAGCAUGGAUCCGAAUAUAAAUAACCAAAUCACCAAAAGGAAACGGAUGGUUCUUAUAAAGGAGCGCAAAGCAGCACAGACUUUAAGUGCCAUUCUUUUGGCUUUUAUCAUGACAUGGACUCCCUAUAAUAUCAUGGUUUUGAUCUCCACAUUUUGCCCUGAAUGCAUUCCAGUAACACUGUGGCACCUUGGAUAUUGGCUAUGCUAUGUGAACAGCACUGUUAACCCCAUGUGUUAUGCCCUCUGUAAUAAAACUUUCAGAAAGACUUUUAAGAUGCUGCUUUUCUGCCAGUGGAAAAAGAAAAAAGUGGAAGAGAAACUAUACUGGCACGGCAAUACCAGACUGCCAUAAUUGCUUUUGAAUAAGGAAUAAGGGGAAAUAUAUAUAUUGAUGUAACCUAGCAAAUUGACUGUAAUUCUGUCUUUUCAAAGCUGAUGCUUUAUGUGUCUAGUGGUUAAAAAAAAAUCUGCUGAUAAGUUAAAUUUUGCAUGAAAAUAGUGCGUGCUUGGGAUAAAAAGUCAGUGGCUGCUAUGAACGACACAGUUUGUUUUCGACUAUGCAGUAGAUCUGCAUUAAAGUUACUAUGUUUGGGGUCUUACGUCCUUUCUUUCAGCCUAAGAAUAUGUAGAGUAAAUUGUGAACUACUAGAAAUUAGACUGGGAUGAUCAUCCAAUUAUCAGGUUAGGUCAUCCAGUCUUUCUCCCUGUAAUUCCCUGUCUUUCUAUAAUUCCUUGCUAGUGUAUUGUCUGUUGAGUUUUCAAUGUACCAAGCAAUGGAGCUUGUACUACUUUUGUUUUGAGACUUUUCCACCUGCUGUUAAAAUGCAACAAGGAAUAUGUAAAGGGAUAAAUGCUGUCAUGCCCAAUACUAAAUGGUUAGGGAGAUUAAUAAUACUCAAAAUGAACACACAUAUUGCAGGAGAUUGUAAUACUGAUAAAAUUUCCACUUUAAGGAGGACUUUUAUGGAGACAUUGGAAGGGCUCAUAGUGAAGGGAAUAGAUAAUGUAUUUUGUAUAUGAAGAAGCCAGUCCCGAUCUCAGUCCCAAUCCAUCAUACAAGUGACUGUCAUCUGCAAAAAUGGUGUUGAUUAGCAGAUAUCUCUAAAUUUCUCCAGUUCCCAGUACCUCUGAAGGAAAUUUUAAAAUUGUAUGCAAUACUGACAAUGGUACAAAACAGAACUGACUGUAAAGCGUAAUGGAUACAGUCUACCUACAACACAAGGAAAGUCUUUUUCCAAAUCACCUUUGUUGUGCUUCCCCUGAGCCCAGAAUUUUCCGUUACUGAUGGAAUGAUGCAGAACACGAGAAGAAUAAGGAUUGGUGCACUGUACAUUUACCUAUAUAUAAACAGCGACAGAAUUGGCAUCCCUGAAAGAUUUUUUAAAGUAACUUUUGAAUAUUUCUAUAAAACUAUUAAGGACACUUUACAUUUUUUGUCUUUGAAUAGCUUUACAAAUACUAGUCAGUAUCAGGUGUUUGGAAACACAAGUUACCUUCAAGUACUGUCUUUUGGUCCAGCAGAACCAUUUCUGCUACCGUACC